AUGGGGUUGGGGAAGCUGAAGCUCCAGCUCCCAGCAAGUUUGGUGGGCCGCCCUUCCCCACCCAUCCAUCCCAAGGCGCGUCGCUCGCGAUCGCGAAACAACACUGGUCGUAGAUUGCCAUCGCUGGGUCAACCAGCCGCACUGUGCUCAUCGGAAGAUCAGGAAAAUGCCUCGGUGCGAAUGGACGGCACAGCUGGCCACCAAUGUCACCAAGGCCCAAGCUGCUGUCUCCUUGGCCCACAAGCAGUCUGUUCUCCCAUGGCGGCAUCGAAAAGGGGAAGCUGUGACACGCUAGCGACCGAGGUAAACAAGACUAGACCGGGUUCGAACAGCUCUCCAGACCUCCCCAGCCUCCCCUCCAUGCCCAUCCUUGCUUCUCACAGCAGACGGAACACAACAAUCGUCCCCCAGUUGACCGCCAAUCUACUUCAUCCCCUCCUCGGUCUCGAUACUCCCUCUUUCCUCCACCCACCACCCCGCUACUGCAUCCAAUUGCACAUCUUCAAUUGCUGCACGUCACAACCUCAAAGCUGGCGACUUUUCAGUAAUCUUCUUCCCCAACCCCAUCUCCGUGUGAGACCCCUCAAAAGGAGCCAAGAAGCUUUUUUCUUGAUUCCUUUCGAAUUGUUUUCGAACGGUUCGAAGGGUUUUCAAGAUAGAGCGCUAAGACUCCGGCAAACUGGAUUUUGA